ACCGAUACAGCGUGACAAGUAUUAUUUCAAUUCAAGUAACUUUCGUAAUGAAACUAUUUUCAUUGAUAUUUUUGUAUUAUUUUGUUAAUAUUCAAGCUGAAUAUAAUGGUUUCAAUUUUUUUCCAUUUAAUUCAACAGCUCUUUCAAUGCUGGAUACAUUAAAUUCAUUGAAAACAAUCGCAGCACUUGGUAGUAAUUGGAUUGGUAUUGAUUUCAUUCUCGGACAGGAUAGUAACAUUUCAAAUGAAGUGUAUUUUGAAGAAAGAACUCCAACUGAAAAUGUAUGGUCUACUUUUGUACAAGAAGCACAUAAAUAUAAUUUAUCUGUACUUCUUAAACCACUUAUACUUUGUGGUGGCGAUUGUAUAUUUAUUAAUAUAAUACCUUCAAAUAUUACAAAUUGGUUUUCGAGUUAUGGACAAGUAAUUUACAAUUUAUCAGUUAUGGCCGAAGAACUUCAUAUAGAAGCAUUAGCUGUUGGAUUAGAAUUAAUACAAAUAUCUAACCAAGAAUAUACACCAUAUUGGAGAACGUUAA